UUUCAGAUCUAACCUCAAAAAUAAUUUUUCAAAUUCAAAAAUCAAAAUUUUAGCUAACGUCCGCACCUUAUUUGUACACCAUCUAACGAUGCCUGAAACUUCGCAAGAACUAAACAUAGACGUUUCCAAUGAAUUAAUCUUGACCCCAUUUACCGGAGCCUCUUUAGUAAACGAAGUGCUAAAAUGGUUACUUUUCCAAAAAUGCCAGAUUCCUUAUGGCUUUAACAGACUGAAGCAUGUAGUAGAAAAACGAAGAAAAAACCUGCAAGAGGACACUGGACCUAAAAAGCACAAUUUCAAAUAUGAAAAUCAUUUUAGGACAGUCUCAACGGCUUAUGAUAGUUUAGAUUUGAUCAUGCGAGGAAUAAAUAAGGAGUUUAGUGCCGAGAACAAUACUAUUCAGGAAGUAAUGCUAGUUUUUGGAUCCAGCACUGUUUGCCCCAAGGAAGUGUUUAGUAUUGUUAUACCAAGUUUAGCAUGGGGACAUAUGGAAAGGAAUCAUAUAAAUGGGAUUAAUAAACAUGUCCAAAAUAUUUUAAAGAAUCUCUUCCACUCUCAAACCUGGAUGGACUCAAUAGAUGCCACAAUACCUUUAACAAACACAUAUGUUUACUUAAAGAAACAAAUAUUAGUAACCAGUGACUUUACUAGUGAGCCAUUUGAAUUUUGUGAACCUCUGCAUAUUUCUUCCCAUAUAAAACAUUCUAAGUGUGUUAUCAGUUAUGUGGAGAGUAAAAGAACCAAAUGUUGUGAAUUGAAUAUUUUUGAUGAUGGUACUAUGCCUACUGAAUCACUUGUGAAACUCCAAGAACCUGAAUCGGGUGUUGAAGUGGAAAAGCAUGUAGUUUGGUGUAAGGCUAAAGAAGUAUUGAAAGGAUUUAAAGAGUGUUAUGAAAAUAAAGUUUCUGUUUGUGAAUUAUGGUAAAAAAAUUCUUUUUAAUUUCUCAUUAUUUUAUUGUAAAGAAUAAUUACAUUUUAUAUAUGUAUAUAAGGUAUAGGUACUUUUUAAAUAUUGAAAUUAUUUAGGUAAAUUUUUGACUGAAUCAGAUUAUAUUUACAGGCCCUUUUUAUAGAGAACUGAUUUACUUUUAUUAUAUAUUUCAUAAUUAUUAUACUACUGUAGGUCUCUUAAAAAAUAAAUAUACACUAUAUAA